GACUGUAUUACAAAAAAAAAUGGCUGCGCCCUUGCUGAGGCACCUUUCGCGAACCAAUGUUAUUGCAAGACGCACAGUUUUGGCGUUCUCAAAACACAACAACGACAUGCAAUGUCGUUACUUACGGAAUUCCAAAUCACUACCGCCUUAUUUAAAAGAACAAGUAGAAAGAAGAACAAAGGUUGGACCAGAACCCAAGAGGCAUCCAUCGGCUUUUGGCUGCUGGAAUUAUGAUGCUGAGCUUUUUGCAUUUGGAAAGAGACUUGGGGAAGAUUUUGAUGUUGACAUCCUGAGAGAGGCUUUCAUUUCUAGAUCAUAUAUUGAAAUGGAAAUAGAGGAAAGAAAAAAGGUUGGUGUGAAAACACAAAUUCCUGAUACAUCUUGCAAUGAAGAGCUAUCAAAAGAAGGAAAACAACUUAUUCAAAAAUAUUUGAAGGCAUACCUAAGAUUUAAUUUUCCUUACAUGUUUGAGGAAGGAAUAUGUGCCAUUUGUGAAUAUGUAAUGACAACAGAAAUAUUAGCCAGUGUUGGAAAGUUAAUAGGAGUGAGGGACUUGAUCCAGUCGAAGCAUUAUCCUCCAACAGAUGAGGAAAUGGUUGACACAUUUAUGGCUGUUGUAGCUGCUGUAGCAAAAAGCCAGACGGAGGAGAGGGCUGGGGCAUUCGUAGUGGACUUUCUGGUCCCACGUCUUGUGGGGAAGGACAUCAACGAGAUGUGGAAGUUAGAUAACCCCAUGGGAUUGCUCAGUGCUGUCCUUCAGUCCAGAGGAAUGGCAAGCCCAGAAUCCAGACUUCUGUGGCAGACUGGAUGUUCCUCCAUUAUGUCCCUUUAUCAUGUUGGAAUCUACAGUGAUAAGGAACUAAUUGGGAGAUCCCCAGGUGAGACGCUUACAAUAGCUGAAGAGCAAGCUGCAAAGGAAGCCCUAAAAAACCUGAUGAAAUCAGACGACAGUCGACCGCCAUUUCUAUCUAGCUCGAAAGUACCACUCAAAUCAUUGGAUCUAGAAAAGAAAAAUCCCAGUGCGGACCUGUUAUUGAAACUUUACUCCCAGUCAGACACCAGUGCUCAGAGAGCAACUAAAUGACAGGAUAAAGAUCAUUUGAUUGUACUCUCACUCAAUUUAAUCAAUAAAAUAAUACCUUUUU